GAACUGAUAGUUUCUGUCACGACUCCUUCUCCUAGGUACCAUACUCCUAGCUACCCCUCAAUCCACCGAACUCUACCUACAGAACUCUAUGCCCCCCUCCAAACCUAAUGACGUACCCACUCCCACCGGCCCUCUAGUCCGCCUCACCCCGCCUCACACCCAUCAUGCUCCAUCACUCGCCAGCAAUCCCGCGACUUUCGCUUUUUCCAUCGGCGGCGGUCAGGCAAGCAGUGGGCUUUAUACUUUUUCCGCGCAGAACGGUGCGGAAAAUAGUUCCGCUCGAAACUUGUUCGGUCGAAGGAGCGGCGAUCAUGACCUCACGAUCACCCAGAACAGAGUGCUCUGAUUCGAACGCCGAAGGGAUCACCGCGGCGGGUGUGUGGUGUGAGGGUUUAGGCGUGGGAGAGUGGUGUGAGAGGAGUGCGAGGAGUGAGUGCGAGGACUUGAGCUUGAGCUUCGUUGCGCACCGAUAUCCUUCUGUUCACAGUUCACAGUUCACGACUGCGGCGGGGAGGGUGGGCUCCCACUCAAUCCGUUUAUCGGCAACCGCACCUCCCACCCACCCGCCACCCACCCGUCACCCAUCCGUCAACCGCGGUAAACGGCAUCAUGCACCACGAAAUAUCACUCGAUUCGAAACUUUCUGCGCAAAGGUCGAAGGAGGGGCACCCGCUAUUUAUGUUUCUCGUGGAAAAUGCAAAAAUCAGUGUGCGGAUGCGACUUCCGGUUGCGCUUGGAGCGGAGGAAAGUUCCGGAGGAAAUGAAGAGUGACGAGUGAUUGCGUAGAGGUGACGAGUCGAGGGAGGCUAUCUAGACUGCCGCUCCGUCUGGGAGGUGCAGUAGGUACGGUAGAUAGGUUUCUGGUAGGUUCGUCCAGACUCCAGCCUGGCAUAGGUAGAGCUCGCGAGAACUUAGAAGGGCCAGUUUUCUCGAGCAACUAGAGAGUUUGCGCAGUUGCUCAAAAGAUCGACAGAUCAAC